AUGUCUACCACUACUACGACAGAGGCAGAAAUUGUGUAUGCCUAUACGCGAUCGGAAUCGCGAAAGGAGCCUGUCCUGACAACUAACAUGCCUCCCCUGUUUGACGAGCCGACCACUUUGACCAAUUUUCAUAAGCACGUCAACUGGCCACAAAGCAUCUUGUUGCUCAGUACUCCUCUCAUUGGUCUCUAUGGAGCCUUCACCACCGAAUUGAAGACCAAGACUUUGAUUUUUUCCAUCAUUUAUUAUUUCGUUACUGGCCUCGGUAUUACAGCAGGCUAUCAUCGUCUGUGGGCUCACCGCUCAUAUCAAGCUACACUUCCUGUGAAAUGGCUUUUGUGCCUUGCAGGUAGUGGUGCCUUUCAAGGCUCGAUUCGAUGGUGGUCUCGCGGCCAUCGAGCUCAUCACCGAUGGACAGACUCUGAUAAGGACCCCUAUGCCGCUCCCCGUGGCUUUUUCUUUUCCCACUUUGGCUGGAUGCUUGUGAAUCGUCCCAACACUCGCAUUGGUUAUGCUGAUGUCGCUGAUCUUAAGGCUGAUCCCAUUAUCAAAUUCCAACACAAGUACUACUUGUUCUUUGCCUUUGGUAUGGCUUUCCUGUUCCCCACCUUGGUAGCCGGUUUGUUGUGGGAUGACUUCAGAGGAGGAUUUUUUUACGGUGGUGUUAUUCGUCUUGUUGCCAUCCAUCAUGCUACAUUUUGUGUCAACUCACUUGCUCAUUUCUUGGGUGAACAAACAUUUGAUGAUUUCCAUACGCCCCGUGACCAUUGGAUUACUGCUUUGGUGACAUGCGGUGAAGGUUACCACAACUUCCAUCACGAAUUCCCCCAGGAUUACCGUAACGCUAUCAAGUUCUAUCAAUACGAUCCUACCAAAUGGCUUAUCAAGGGAUUGUCGCUCUUCGGUUUGACAUACGAUCUCAAGAAAUUCCCCAGCAACGAAAUCAAGAAGGGCCAGAUCCAAAUGGCUGAAAAGAAGUUAUUGGCUGAGAAGCGUCAAUUAACCUAUGGUACCCCGUUGAAGGAUCUUCCGAUCUACACUUGGGAAGAAUUCCAAACAUUGGUCAACAAACACAACAAGCAAUGGAUUCUUAUUGAAGGUAUCUUGUACGAUGUGGAGCACCUUGAUCAUCCUGGAGGUGACAAGUAUAUUACCGCUGGUAUUGGCAAAGACGUGACUACGUCUUUCAACGGAGGUGUCUACAACCAUUCCAAUGGCGCACGCAAUCUUUUGACAAGCAUGCGUGUCGGUGUCUUGAAGAAUGGUAUGGAGCUGAUGGUCGAAGACCCUGUCACCGAAAACAAGAAAUCCCGAUAA